CCCUCACCUCUCUCUUUUUCCUCUCCAAUAUUUUGAGCUUAAUUUCUCAAAACACAAACAAAGAAAGGAAUAAAAAAACAAUGAGUUCAACGCUACGUUGCUCACCUUCUUUUAUUAAUCUUAAAGACAGAACCAAAAGCCUCAAAACUCCCGGCGCACUUUGCUUUGCUCAAACCAAGCCGUCAUACCGUAUCCGAGUGAUCAGAAACUCAGCGCAGGAAGCACAGCUCUCAUUCUCGAAGUCGAAGGCCUCGAUGUUGGAAGGGUACCGAAGAAGUACUGAGAAGCCCGAGCAGCUUCAUGCACUCUCGGGUGGGCAUUCCAACCUGGAAAAUGAUGCAAGGGUCCCUGUGUUUGUGAUGCUGCCGCUCGAUACAGUAACGCAGCGAGGGAACCUGAACAGGCCUCGAGCAAUGAAUGCUAGCUUGAUGGCCCUGAAGAGUGCAGGAGUGGAAGGAGUUAUGGUGGAUGCAUGGUGGGGAUUGGUGGAGAAAGAUGGACCUCUGAGGUACAACUGGGAAGGGUAUGCUGAGCUCGUACAGAUGGUUCAGAAUCAUGGCUUGAAGCUCCAAGUUGUUAUGUCCUUUCAUCAGUGUGGAGGAAAUGUUGGAGACUCUUGCAGCAUUCCUCUACCUCCAUGGGCGCUGGAAGAAAUCAGCAAGAACCCUGAGCUUGUGUACACAGACAGAUCAGGCAGGAGGAAUCCUGAGUACAUAUCCUUGGGGUGUGAUUCACUACCUGUUCUUAGAGGAAGAACACCCAUUCAGGUCUACAGCGACUAUAUGAGGAGUUUCCGUGACAGAUUCAGAGAUUUCUUAGGCGACGUUAUUGUGGAAAUUCAAGUGGGGAUGGGUCCUUGUGGGGAGCUCAGAUAUCCAUCUUAUCCAGAGAGCAAUGGAACUUGGAGGUUUCCUGGAAUUGGAGAAUUUCAAUGCUAUGACAAGUAUAUGAGAACUUCCCUGCAAGCAGCAGCAGAGGCAAUAGGGAAGAGAGACUGGGGAACAAGUGGACCCCAUGAUUGUGGCCAGUAUAAACAAUUUCCUGAGGAUACUGGAUUUUUCCGUAGGGAUGGAGCAUGGAGCAGCGAGUAUGCACAGUUCUUUCUCGAGUGGUAUUCAGGAAAGCUAUUAGAGCAUGGUGAUAGAAUCCUUCUUGCUGCAAGAGGAAUAUUUCAAGGAUCUGAAGCAAAACUUUCUGCAAAAGUAGCUGGAAUCCACUGGCAUUAUAGAACAAGGUCACAUGCUCCUGAACUAACUGCUGGAUACUAUAAUACUAGACAUAGAGAUGGUUACCUUCCAAUAGCACGAAUUAUGGGCAAACAUGGAGUUGUAUUUAACUUCACUUGCAUGGAAAUGAAGGAUGGAGAACAGGCCGGCAAUGCAGAAAGUUCACCAGAAGGAUUAGUUCGGCAAGUAAAGAUGGCAACUAGGAGUGCUAGGACAGAACUUGCUGGGGAGAAUGCUCUAGAGAGGUAUGAUGCAAGUGCAUAUGGACAAGUUUUGGAGACAAGUAGGUCGAACUCUGGGAAUGGAUUGUGCGCAUUCACAUUUUUAAGAAUGAAUAAGAAGUUGUUUGAAGGGGAGAAUUGGAGGCACCUAGUUCACUUCAUAAAAUGCAUGUCAGAAGGUGGUCGUGACACUAAGCUUUUAGAGCGUGGCUCCAGUGGGAGUAACCUUUACGUUGGAUUCAUCAAAAAGAUCAAGACUGUGAAGGAUGUUAUAGAGAUUGUUCUUGUUUAAAGAGCAUAUAUAUGUGUGUUUUCAUUUAUAACAAUCCACAGGUUAGUGUACUAUAGUACUGUAGAGAAAAAAGAAAAACAGACGGGAUCUGAGAAGGUUGAAGGGAUCUGCAAUACGCUAAUGUUGGAAAAUUUUGGGGGGCCAACAUUUUUUCAAGGCAGUCAUGAAUUGUACUUCUCGUGGCUAUAGCCUACAUGAAUAUGGUCUAAGCUGUUUAGAUUGUGCAUACAGUACCUCUGGAAUCAUGUAACUAGCUAGCUGCAUACAUAUAUAUGCUGUUUGUAUAUAUACCUCAUAUGCACUUAGGCAAUGCCUAUUUACUUAUAUUAAUAAAUUAUUAUUUUACUUGAAAAUAAAAA